AUGGACGUCAUCCUCCCUCACCGACUGGCCGGCGUCGAUCUCCGAACGAGUGAGUCUUUUGACUGUGAGGAAGCCUUUGGCCACGGCCCCUUCCAGAAAAGGAUGCUCGUUCUCAUUCUUCUGGGAAUCUUCUCGGCUAAUUGCCAAACCGUCGUGAUUCCCCUCGUCACCGGUGAUGUUGACCAUUGGUGCAAGCCGCUCACCGGUUUCAACAUCUCUGUAGCCGAUUGGAAGAAUAUUGCCAUACCGAUCGAGGCCGAUGGACGCUUCAGCCGCUGCAGCAUUUACGAGCGCUGCAAGCCACCCGCGGAACAUGGCAAUUCCGCUGAGCAUCGAAAGAGCGGCGCUGCACCUACCGGGACUGGCGGGUGGUACAACCGAUGCUUCCAGGACACCAAUGACACACGCGACGUGCCCUGUGAAGAGUGGGACUACGACGCUAGGACGGCCGAGACCAGUGCGGUGAGCUCUUGGAACAUGGUGUGCCACCAACGUUUGCUGCCGGCCGCCCUUGUCGCCCUGCAGAACACCGGUGCCGUUGUUUUCCUUAUCCUGGCCGGAGCUUUCGUAGACUGCGUCGGCAGGAGAGCGUUGCUGCUUGGCUCCGCAGCAGCGGUAGUCACCUGCACGGUAUGCACCUUCGCGGCGACGAAUUACGUGCGUUACGCUGUGGUGCGCUUCCUUACCGGGGGCAGUGUCGCCAUGUACACGAUUUUUACCAACCUGAUACCGUUCGAGGUGAUGACGCACGCCCACAGACCGCACCAAGUCCUACUCCUGGCGGUUCUGGGCCUGGCGUUUUGUGAGGUUUGGAUUGUCAUCGUCAAACCCAUGGCCGUCGACUGGCGUCUGAAGCAGGUCAUCUUCCUAGCCCCGACGGGUCUCCUGCUCCCGGCUUUGUCUACCGCACAAGAGUCGCCCCGUUGGCUCGUCGCUAAAGGAAGGCUGGACGCAGCCGAAGCGGUCAUGAUGCAGGCGGCCAAAAUCAACAAUACCCCGCUUCCGGUCACGGCCUGUCUUAUGGAGAAGCUGAGAGAACAGGUCACGAACCACGCGGAUCGCAAGGGUGCCGACAUGGAAGACUUGGUCGACUAUCGCUCCCUCCGCCCUCGAGCGUUGGCCAUGUUUGCUGUUUGCUUCUCCAUAUCUUUCGUUUUUUAUGUCGAUGCUUUCUCGACGGCGCAGUAUAACGAAUUUUGGAUCCCGUGCCUCACGGUUGUCGUCACCCUGGUGACGUACGCGGGGAUGCACUUCCUGAUGACCGGCGUUGCCCUCGUCAGAGUACUUAGCGCGUGCUUCCUGUUGACGGGCUCCAUACAAUGCGCGCUGAGUAUCGCUGUUGGAGCUGGAUUUGACAUGGUCACCAAGACCUUACUCGUACUGUCCAAGGGUGUCUCUAACGUAAUGCUUGUACACUGUUUCACGUACGUCCUUGAACUUUUUCCAUCGGCAGUGCGAGCCGGUGUCGCCUGCUGGGCGUUCGCCUUUGGACGUGUCGCGGCCAUGUUCGCGACAAUGGCCCUCGUCCUCAAGCCAGCCGGACACGAAGACGUGGUGUUCGCUGUUACGGGACUUUUCAUCUUCGCCUCCCUGAUCGUCAUCCGGGCCCUGCCACGCACUACGGUGGUGGAGGAAGCACGAAUCGUGGCCAGGCGAGCUUCCGACUCCACCAGGCUGUCUAUGGACCACAUGAAGCGAACGCUCGUACAGCGGAUAGUACGCAAGAAGUCCAAGGCCGCAAGCCUUGAGAGCUCCAAGUCAUCCAGUAGGAAGAGUGCAAAGAGUGGUGGCAACAAAAGUCCUGGUAGUUUUAAAAUGCUCCGUCGAUCUCAAACCAAACUAUUGCCGGAAUGA